ACGAGAGAAUAGUAAUUUUAAGCUAAACAAUAAAUUAUCAAUGGAAUGUUAUCGACGGAGACUUGGCAUCCUGUCUGGAAGGUGGCUGACUCACCUUGUCCAGGUUGUUGAUAUGAUCGAGAGUGUGUCGAGACGAGCGCUGAGUGGCUCCAGUGGGAGCUACCACGUUCGAGGAGCCGAGCUGGCGCGCGAUCGGAGAUUGAAGUCACUGGCGGCUACUGUAGUUUUUCUUGAUGACACCCAGCACACCUUUCAACUUGAUAAACGUGCGAAAGGUCAAAUAUUACUGGACCUAGUGUUCCAGCACUUGGAACUCAUUGAAAAAGACUACUUUGGCUUGCAGUAUACGGAAAAUGGUGCCGCUGUGUGUCCGAAUUCAGACGCUAUGAGAUGGCUAGACCCUUCGAAGCCGGUUAAAAAGCAGAUAAGAAGUAAGGGCGGUCAGUUUUUCUUCAAAGUUAAAUUCUAUGUUUCUGAUCCGAGUAAACUGCAAGAAGAGUACACGAGGUAUCAGUUUUAUCUGCAGAUCAGAAGAGACAUUCUUCAGGGAAAGCUUCAGCUUCCGACUAGUACUGCGUGUUUAAUUGCGAGUUAUACUGCGCAGUCUGAGUUGGGUGACUAUCAUCCGGAAGAACAUGGACCUGGUUACUUAUCACGGCUGCAACUUAUCCCCGGGCAGACUGAAGAAAUGGAGAAAAAAAUCUGCGAGCUUCAUAAACUUCAUAAAGGACAAUUACCGGCGGAUGCGGAAUUCAAUUUUCUCGACCAUGUGAAGCGGCUGGAUAUGUACGGAGUUGAAUUGCAUAAGGCAAGGGACUCGACGAACAAAGAGAUACAAUUGGGAGUGACGUCGAUAGGCCUAGUUGUCUUCCAGAAUAAUAUUAAAAUCAACGUAUUUUCCUGGUCGAAAAUCGUCAAGAUUUCAUUCAAACGGAAGCAGUUUUUUAUUCAGUUAAGAAGAGAACAGUCGGAAAAUUAUGACACCUUACUGGGGUUCAACAUGCAAACAUAUCGUAGUUCAAAAAAUUUAUGGAAAGCGUGUGUUGAACAUCACACAUUCUUUAGACUUCACAGUCCGAAAAUGCGACCACGUCGUUUCCCACUGACCCUCAGCAGCCGUUUUACUUAUUCAGGCCGCACUGAGUUCCAAACAGUCGAAGACGGAAAACACCGAGCCCGCGUUGAAAGGACAUUCAUACGAUCACCAAGCAAACGACUAGUUCACGGAGUAAACCAAGUGCCAAUUGAAGAGAAAGGCAAAGUAGUGAGUGCGCCAGCAAGACCUCCAAGACCAUACGACAACAAAGUCCAGUCUUUAGGAUCCCGAGAACCGCGACAAGCUUGGGUCGAGGGGAAUCCCAGUGACGAUGAGGGUGGUUUUUUGUCCCUCAGAGAGGAGAUAAACACGAGCACCCACACCCAAGGCGGAGCAUUUUCUCCAGUUCUGGGCUCAAGAAUUCUCAGUUACGUUGACGACGACACCACUGGCGAGAGAAAUAUCUAUGAUUUGCCGGACUACAGCGAGCCGACUAGUUCUCCAGCGCCACAGAUAUUGGAAGAUGGUUUGGUGACAAUAAGACUGACACCAGAUGAGCAAGGCCGUUUUGGUUUCAAUGUGAAAGGAGGUCUGGACCUUGAUAUGCCCAUCUUGGUGUCUCGUGUUGCGCCAAACACACCUGCCGAUCGGUGUUACCCAAAGUUAAAUGAAGGCGAUCAGGUUUUGUAUAUAAACGGUAUUGACGUCAACGGGAUGCUACAUGAACACGUGGUUAAUUUAAUAAGACAGUCUCGAGACACGGGUAAUGGUGAACUGACCUUGACUGUCCGUCCAAAUGCACUCUAUAAUGCACUUGCUGGGACUGAUGAGACUUCUGAAGAAGAACCUCCUUACAGAUAUGUACCUGACGCACCGCACGCAGCAGUUGGAUCCGAUGCUCUGGCCCAAUCAAUGCUCCUCCUAGCAGACGGACUCGCAAGCGGAGCACUGAUUGCCCAGUACGAGCAACUCUACCGCAAAAAUCCUGAGCUGACGUCCCUCGAGUCUAAAAAAGCCGAGAACCAGAACAAGAACCGGUACCGCGACAUCUCGCCCUAUGACGUGACGCGAGUGAUUCUGAUGGGCUGCGUCAACGGCGACUACAUAAACGCGAACUACGUCAACAUGGAGAUCCCCGGCUCGGGAAUAAUAAACCGGUACAUCGCGACUCAAGGUCCCCUGUCUUCCACAGUAGCAGACUUCUGGCAAAUGGUCCUCGAAGCCGGCAGCACUCUCGUCGUCAUGCUGACGACCCUCGUCGAACGCGGCCGCACAAAAUGUCACCAGUACUGGCCUGCUCUCAAUGAAACUCUGACCCUAAGAAACCUCAUGCUCAUUUCAACCUCCGAGAAAAUCGAAGACACUUUCGUCUUUCGCGAGUUCAUUCUUCGCGACAUCAACACUGGAGAAGAAAGAGACAUAACACACAUGCAGUAUUGCGGAUGGCCCGACCACGGAGUGCCAAGUGAUUGGCGGCAGUUCACUAAAUUUACCGAGCGAGUCCGCGCCGCCAGAACGGGAAUGGUUGAACCAGCAGUCGUCCAUUGCUCAGCAGGUAUCGGUCGCACUGGAGUCCUGGUGCUUAUGGAAACAGCUUUGUGUCUUAUUGAAGCCAACCAGCCUGUCUAUCCACUAGAUAUCGUUAGAUCCAUGAGAGAUCAACGGGCGAUGAUGAUUCAAAAUGCUAGUCAGUACAAGUUUGUCUGUGAAGCUGUCCAUAAAGCCUACACCGAGGGUAUUGCGAAACCUCUUAUUGAAUUUAGUAGAUAAGUGUAGAUUUAAAAAACUGUCAAAGCAACAAAUGUCCAAGGCCCUUCCGAAGGCUAAAACUUUUUUUUUUUUUUUUUAAAUAACAAAUAGACAAUAAUUUAUAGUAAUAACUAACAAUUAUUACAAAUAUAUAUAAAUAUAUAAAUAUUUAUUAUAAAAGAUAGCGAUAGUAUCCCAGUGUUUGGACGUGUGAUGAUAGUCCGUUAGACGCAACCCACCAGAUGUCAAAACCAGUUUUUAAAUAAUUUAUAAAUUAGGAAAGAUUUAAAUAUUAACUCUUCCGUUACAUUGAUAUUAAUAUUUAAAUAAAAUAUUAAAUAAAAGUUAGGAUAGAAACUAUUUUAUCUUUAACGUUAACUUUAAGCUCAAUUAAUAAUGAGUAAUUAACAGAGGUAGCUGAUUAUUAAUUAUAAUAAUUAAUAAUCUAUGUAAAAUUGUUUGAAAGUAUCCACUUUUUCAUGUAUCUAUUUUUUUACCAUUAACUGUUAAGCUAAAGGUUUAUUUAUGUCCGGAUAUGUAAAUAAAUAUAUGAUAAUUAUUGAUAUUAAUUAACUGAUUGACUAAUUGACUAAUUAUUACGAUUAAAUUGUGCCAGAAAACAAAAUAAAACGGUAGCUAUAUAUAUAUUAAGUAUAAACGAGCGCCAAUAUAAACAAAUUAUAUAUUAUAUAAAUAUAUGAAUUAAUAUAACGAUUAAUAAAAUUGUUUAUUUUAGCGGUAGUGAUUUUAUUAAUUAAUACUGUCAAUUAAAUAAAAUAAUUGUAUGGCCGCGUGAUUGGUAUGAGAGUUGGUAGCUGUCUAGUCUCAUUGAUUUGUACUUUUUGAUGAUCAAAUAAAGUAAUCAUUUUAUAUA